CCCUCGCCGAUCAUUUUUCACCGGUAGCUAAUUCCUGUCGAAGGUGAAGCUUCGACAAUGGCGACUCGCGCCGCGGGUGGGGGAGACGGGGAGCAGCGGAGGAAGAAGACGAAAACGAAGACGAAGACGAGUAGGGCAAAGGAGAUGGGAGGGAGAUGGCCCGCCAUUAAACCCAAGAAGGAUCUCCAAAUCGAUCGCCUCCGUGGUACCCUCCUCUUCACGGUACCGAAUUUCUUCAGCGCUGCUGAAGCAAGUGCUUUCGUUGAAGCCGCAGAGGCAAUUGGCUUCACCCACCAGGGAAGCUUGGGACCAGCUAGAGGCCAAGCGUAUAGAGACAACGAUCGUAUAUCCAUGACCGACCCAUCGCUAGCUGAAGUCAUCUGGGAGUCGGGCCUAAAGAAAAUAUUUGGCGAUAUCAAACUUCCAGGCGAAGUAGCUGUGGGUCUAAAUCCAAAUAUUAGAUUCUACAGGUAUACAGUGGGUCAGCGGUUUGGUCGCCACAUUGAUGAGAGCGUUGAUCUUGGAGAGGGUCGCAUAACGAAGUACACCCUUUUAAUAUAUCUCAGUGGCAAAGGCAACAACAAAGAUUCAUCGGCAGAGUCUCUUGUCGGAGGAGAAACUGUCUUUUAUGAUCAAAGAGGACGAGUUGUAGCUGAGGUCGCUCCGGUUCCAGGAAUGGCGCUGCUUCAUAUUCAUGGAGACGACUGCAUGCUACAUGAAGCUCGUGUUGUUACCAAAAACAUUAAAUAUGUUCUCCGUUCGGAUGUCUCUUUUGCUUGACAUUGUUCGGAUUUUCUGUGUUAGCUUCAUUGCCUAUUUCUUUUACUUCGAUUCGAAGUAAAGAGUGAAGUGAUACUAAACAGUUAGACCUCGAGCUUGAGCAUAUUGUAGUGGAUGAGAAGGCCUGAAUACCUGCACCUUUUUCUUUUUCUUUUUUUUUAUUCAAAGGUGUUGUAUGCUUGUACCAGCUUUUAUAUGGAGCAUUGCGGAUACAUAGAGAGAAACCGAUAAUAUCUAAAGCUUAUUUUGAUACCCUCAAAUUGUAAUGGAAAGCAUAAGCUUACGAAAUAUCAUUCAUUCAGCUAUUUUAUUAUCA